AUGAAAAGAGGUAUUCUAGCUCUGCUGCUUGCCUUUGUAGCGACUGAAACAGUCUGGGCUGCUGAUGAUGACUAUACGGACGAUGCCGCCCUAAAUGAUGACAACGUGGAUGUUGCACAAAAUUUGAUCUGUGGAGACUCAAUUAUCCAAGUUCAAGAACUUACCAUCACCUGUGACAGCCCAGGUGCAUACUAUUACGGAAGUGGAAAGUAUCGAAAUAGCCCCUCUUGUAAACCAGGUGACAAGGCUAAGGUCGUCCUUGACUUCUACAUUGACGAUGAGGAAACCAUCCAAUAUGCGGGCAAUGAAGUCUACUUUACCAUGAGCGUUGAUGGUUCGUAUUCACAAAUCAAGACAGUCUACGACAAUGACGAUCUUUGUUCAAUUGGAUCCGCGAAGUCUCUCAGUGGAAACGGUUGUCCCGGAAGAGGCUACUAUCAAAUCAAAGAAAAGUUCUAUUGGGACAAGUCUUCCAACAGCAACAACUCUACUUCUUUUUAUCCAACAGUGACUGUCGGAUUCCGAUCAAACGCUAAGCAGUACACCUUUGACUACGGUGGUGCAAAUACUGACCUUUGUAGAGGAAGCACUUUUGUGACGUGGUCGAAGCGAGUUAAGAAGACAUAUGCCAAUGCUCUUUCAAACUUUAUCAAGACAUUUGGAAUAUUGUGCAUGACCAUUGGAAUGAUGGGAGUAUUCGCUUGGGUUUUGAUCCAUAAGCCAAAGAAUUUUGUGGAAGCCAAGGCAAAGCUUGUACCAAAUCAGGAUUAUGGAGACAACAACGCAGUCUUUGAUUUCAAGAAACUUCCGUCAGGCGCCAACAGACCGAAUGUUCAACUCGUCGAUUUUUAA